CUACAUAUACGCGCGCCGCGGGCAAGCCAGACAGCCUUCCAAGCUCCAAAGGGACGCGAAACACCAACGGCGCGCGGCACUCGAGAGCCUAGCUCGCUUUUUCCCCGUUUCUUCCCGGCCGUGACAUGCACGGCUUGACAUACCCAGGCGACCUCUCUCCACCGGAAACCUCAGAUAUAUAUACAGAGCACUCUGCAAUUGUGUUACAUACAGAGGGGGUCGGAUUUAUCUAUGGUGCUGAGGGCUGCUUGCGCGAUGGAGGGCGGCGCCGUCCCGUACUUCGAGUGGCUCAAGCCGGCAUCCUCGCCGCCGUCCACGACGAUGCCAUCGACGGAUCACCUGCAGCAGGCAGUACCCGGCGGCGAACACCGAAGUGCUACCAUGAUGUGUUUGCCACUCCUUGGCAGGCUCGGAGCUGGGGAGAAGACGAGUCCGGAGAUAAAACCAUCUGUCAAAGAAGAGGUUAGCAAUAUCACAGAGGAUGACUGUGCUGAUCUGAACAUCGGCUUGCCGACGAGUGGCGGGUACAGUUCAGAAGAGUUGCCCGCCAUGGCCGUAGAUGAGGAAGAGGAGGAGGAGGAUGAUGAGGAGACGGAAGAGGAGGAAUUGGAGGAGGAGGAGAUGCCAAGGCAUGAGAUUGAGAUGCGCAAGGUGGAAGCUGCAGGUGAGGGAGCAGUAGUACACGGUGAGAUGAUGGUGGAGUCGGUAGAGGAGAGCAGCAAUGGCGUCACACCCUGCCGCGACCGGCCGUAUUGGAUCCCGACGCCGGCGCAGAUACUCACCGGCGCCGUGCAGUUCGCCUGCCAUGUCUGCAGCAAGACCUUCAACCGAUACAACAACAUGCAGAUGCACAUGUGGGGCCACGGUCGUGAGUACAGGAAGGGCCCGGACUCGCUCAAGGGCACCCACGCCACGACGCUGGCGCUGCUGCGGCUCCCGUGCUACUGCUGCGCGCCGGGCUGCCGGAACAACGUGGGCCACCCGCGGGCCCGGCCCCUCAAGGACUUCCGCACGCUGCAGACCCACUACCGGCGGAAGCACGGCGCCAAGCCAUUCGCCUGCCGCCGCUGCGGCAAGCCAUUCGCCGUCAAGGGCGACUGGCGCACCCACGAGAAGAACUGCGGCAAGCGCUGGCUCUGCGCCUGCGGCUCCGACUUCAAGCACAAGCGCUCCCUCAACGACCACGCCCGCUCCUUCGGCGCCGGCCACUUUCAUGUCGUCGUCGCCGCCGCCGGCCCGUUAGCAGCGGCAGCCGAGCCCAAGGAGCGCGUCAUACGGUUCGACCAGCAGUGCAUAUGAAUUCGGCAGAUAUCGGUUAACAUACAGGGUUAAUUCGAUCUCGAUGAUUAGCUAGUUUGCGUACGUACUUUAAUUGGGGAAUGGUAUAUGUGCACACGCGUAUAUAGCUAGAACGUUGGAGCAAUAAGACCAUGCAUAUGUAGGUUGUUGUCGUCGAGAAGAUAUAUAGGCUGUGAAGUAGCUGAAUUUUUUUCCCGGGGAGGAGUUGCAGGGGAGACAGGCAUAAAGGUUAGUCUUGUCUGUAGCUUACUGCAGUUUGCGAGGGGAGAAAAUUUGUCAGCUUCACAAGCCCAUAUUUUCGUGAGGGGCAGAUAUUUGUAUCAAUGCAGGAGUAGCAUAUCACGCAUGCAUAUGCAUGUUGACUUUGAAUUUGAAGAAGAUGUAUAAUCGAUCGGCUGUUAACUUCUGACUGGUUGAUCAUUAGCUA